GCCCACCAGUCGCUGGGGAUGGGAUUCGCUCAUAAAAUAGGCUGCCCACGGGGCAAACAGCAGCAGUUUGGGAGAAAUUUCCCAUCGGUCAACACAUCCCAGCAACGCCCAGAAGACGAACAUGAAGUCAAUUAUCAUAUUCCUCGCCUUAUUCGCCGCUUGCCAUGCGGCACCCACUCCGGACACCACUCCGGCUGAUGUCAAGGAAGCCCCCGAGUCGCUUUGGCGUCCUAGCCCCAUCGCUCCUGAAGUGAUCAGCGAUCCCAAGCCCGACGAGAAGGUUGUCCUGCUGAAUCGCCAGAAGCGGGAUGAGAAGGCUCACCCCAAGCCCGACAGCGUGAAGGCCCGCGAGUUGCUGCAGCAUAAUCCACAUCACCAGCAGCAAUCGCCAGCUAAGGCCCAGCCCGCUCCUCUGCAUGGAUCCCAGACUCACGAGCCCCAGCACCAUGAUCACAAGAAGUCCAAGCGCGAGGCUCACCACGAGGAAGGACAUCACGAGGAGGGACACCAGGAGGAGCCCAAGAAGGACGAUGGCAAGGAUGACCAUUCUCAUGCCGACGCCCACAAGCAGUCCAAGCGGGAGGCUCACCACGAAGAGGGACAUCACGAAGAGGGACACCACGAGGAGGCCAAGGAGAAAGCCCUGCCUCAUGCAUUGCCUGCAGCCGCUCCUGCAGCCGAGGCACACAAGCAGUCCAAGCGGGAGGCUCACCAUGAGGAGGGACACCACGAAGAGGGACAUCACGAGGAGGCCAAGAAGGAGGAUGGAAAGGAUGACCAUUCUCAUGCCGAUGAACAUAAGCAGGCAAAGCGCGAAGCUCACCACGAAGAGGGACAUCACGAAGAGGGACACCACGAGGAGGCCAAGGAUGCUCUGCCUCACGCAUUGCCUGCAGACGCUCCCGCAGUCAAAGCUCCCAAGCAGAAGCGAAACUCUCCAACGAAGCCAGAGGCGUCAGGGGCCGACCAUCACGAUGCCCAUCAGCACGAGGAGGAGCAUUCGGCAAAGCCAGACUCCCACGCUCACCACAAGCAGAGGCGCGAGGCUCCCUCCAAGCUAGCCGCCGUGACUACCGACGAGAAAGUUCAGCACGACCCCAAGAAGGUCGAAGAGCUGCACAAAGCCAUAGAAUCGCUGGCCAGUGCACAAGCCAAGGAGCGUCAUCAGCGUGACAUUCCGGUGCCCACUGAGAUCAAGUCCACCACUGCUCCAGCCCACACACACAAGGCCGACAGCUCAGAGCUGACUGUGCCCAUCCACCAUCCCGUGUCCGUGGCCGAGUUGUUCCACAAGGAGAAGCCCGCCGCCGCAGCCGCCACAGCCGGUUCCAGCUCCGAGGAGAGCAAGGAGAAGAGCAAGGAGACCUAGGUCCAAGCCAAGGCCACAGCCUUGCACCCUUCCUGCUUAUGUAACGGCGUAGCGGAGCGCUAAUUGCAAGCGUCACGUUAUCCAUAAUGAACAAACAAACAAAAAACGAGAUU